UGUAGUGACAGCAUCUAGAAGACCACCUUUUUUGUAUAUAUAAAUGUCCCUUUAUCACCAAUUAUUACACAUCAACUUCUAAAACAGCACUAGAAUGGGUUAUCUUGGUACUGUGCUGCUGAGUUUUGUAGUAAUCUUUGUUAUUACAAAGAUAUGGCAACUGUUCAGGGUUUUAUUGUGGAGACCUUAUGUCUUAACUAAAAUGUUCGAGAAUCAAGGCGUUAAAGGGCCAAGUUAUAAGCUACUUUACGGGUCUCUCACCGAUAUAAAGAAGAUAAAAAAGGUUGCAAGAGAAAUGGUGUUAGAUGUAAAUUCUAAUGACGAUAUCACUUGCAGAGUUCUUCCUCAUUAUCAAAAAUGGUUAUCAGAAUACGGUGAUGCAGUGUUGUAUUGGAACGGUACGGAGCCAAGAGUCGUAGUAACAGAGCCAGAGCUGGCUAAACAAGUAUUAUCAAACAAGUUCGGGUUCUAUAUGAAACCAUAUUUUAAGCCUAUAAUACAGAAGCUCACUGGUAAAGGGUUGGUUUUGAUGGAAGGAAGAGAUUGGGUUAGGCACAGAAGAAUUCUUAAUCCUGCAUUUUCCAUGAACAAACUCAAGAUUAUGAUAAAGAAAAUGGCAGACUGCACCAUUCCGAUGCUCGACGAGUGGCAAAAGCUUGCGCUGCAAGAAACCAAAAAUUGCAAGAUAGAGAUGAAUGAAUCGUUUCAAAAGCUUACGGGUGAUAUAAUUGCCCAUACUGCGUUCGGAAGCAGUUAUCUGCAAGGAAAAGAAGUCUUUCAAGGACAAAAAGAGUUUCAAAAACUUUCCGCAGCUUCACUUACUGAUAUAAACAUUCCCGGCAAACAGUAUUUACCUACGGCAUCAAAUAUGAGAAUAUGGAAGCUGGACAGGCAGGUGAAGAACACAUUAAGUAGUAUAAUACAAAAUCGAUUAAAGGCAGGGUCUUGUUCUGAUGGGUGUUUCGGAGAUGAUUUACUCGGUCUAAUGAUCGGAUCUUCGAUACACAAAUCGAAUGAUGAGAAGAGCAAAAGUAGUGCAAGACUUAGCCUGGAUGAAAUAAUGGAAGAGUGCAAAACGUUCUUUUUUGCUGGGCAGGAGACAACCUCAAGUUUACUAACUUGGACUGUUUUCUUGUUGAGCAAACACCAAGAUUGGCAAGAAAAACUUAGACAAGAGGUGUUUAAUGAGUGUGAAAUGCAAGUUCCAGAUGCAGAUAUGUUGACCAAAUUAAAAUUUGUGAACAUGGUUCUACUUGAGGCGCUGAGGUUGUACUGCCCAGUAAUAGUAUUGGCUAGGAAGGCAACAGAAGAUAUGAAAUUGGGAAAUCUAACGAUUCCAAAAGAUACAUGUGUCACCAUUCCAAUUGUCCAAAUUCAGAGAAGCAAGGAAUACUGGGGAGAAGAUGCAAAUGACUUUAAUCCUAUGAGGUUUCAAAAUGGUAUCUCAAGGGCAUCAAAACACCCAAAUGCUUUGUUAGCAUUUUCGAUGGGUCCGAGAGCUUGCAUCGGCCAGAAUUUUGCAAUGUUGGAAGCUAAAACGGUGCUCGUACUCAUUCUUCAGAGAUUUUCAUUUUGCUUGUCCUCUCAGUAUAAACAUGCUCCGAUUGAUUAUCUUACUCUUCAUCCACAAUAUGGCAUGCCCAUUAUUGUAAAACCCUUGCAUUUUUAAGAUAGAUUGUGUUAUGUUAUGGGUAAAAUAUACCAAGUAAUAUUUGUUUUUGUCUAA